AUGUUUUCUGAACUCCCAUACAUUGGGCUAGAAGAUGAUAUUUUCUUACCGAUUCCAAUGAUCGCACUUAUUCUAGCUUGCCUAGUAUUUGUUUCAGGGCUCGUUAGCAUGGGAAUAUUUAUAUACCGAGGCUACAAGACUAGAUACACCUGGACAAUCAUUGCACUGAUUCUCACCAACCUGUUUGUUGUCCUGUUUCAAAUCUUUGAAGCAUUUUACGUCUAUAUCCCAUACGACAAAUGGACGAUUGGAUGCCGUAAUCUAUUCUAUAUGCUCAGUGUUCUUAGUCUCAAUCUGAUGCAACUGGAGAUUAUCUCCAUCUUCAAUGGCAAUUUGAUCCAUGUUGGAAUCUUUAAAGCAGAGAAUAUGAAGGCACUUCGCGCCUUCACCGUCAUCGUGCACGUCUUUUUUGCACUUCCAAUCUAUUUGCAAGGAUGGGUAGUAUCGCCUCACAACACCUCCGUUGCUACAAAGUGGGCCGUCAAUAGUGCUGCAGUAUACACGUUUAUGAUUGGCAUUGGAGGAGUCUGCCAAAACUUUUAUAUUCUCAAACAUACGAAAGCCCACUUUGACCUCUUGGACAGCAGUGGUGCCAGUUCGUGUAGUAGAGGUGCAUCUGGAAAUCGCGGUUACAAUGGAUCCAGUUCAAUUGGCUUAUUGAGUCACUCCAGUCAUAUGGGAAAGAGUACAGUUUCUACAUCUUCAUCUUGUCGUAAAACAGCAACCAGUACCUCUACUUACAGCUCCAGUUCCUCCUGCACCAAAAAUAAAAGGACGGCACGAAAUAUGCGAUUCGUCUUGUUUCUCUUAUUUUUUGUCGAUCUUGUCACGCUUGUUGUGUACUUUACAUCUGCUAUGGUCAUCACUUCUCGAAAGAACAUUGUUAUACACUUUGCGCUUAUGCAAAUAACUGUUGCUACCAUGGGAAUACACUUGCACAGUUUACAAAAAAACACACCUGCAAUAGCCUUAGAUCCAAUUCCACUAGCAAGAAUAGCCAGCAUACUUGGAGCGGACACAGUGAUAGCAUCAAAUCUACAGAAAGCGCUGUGA